CCUUCACUCUCUCUCUCUCUCUCUCUCUCUCUCUCUCUCUCUCUCCACAAAACAGAGUGCUGUGUUAUCCUAUCUCUUCACAGAAGAAGAAGAAGAAGAAGAAGAAGAAAGAAAGCCACCAAAAGACAAUGGCGAAGGACGUGGCGGAGCAUGGGUCGUUUUCCGGCAAGGACUACCACGAUCCGCCGCCGGCGCCGCUUUUCGACGCGACGGAGCUGGGGAAAUGGUCCUUCUACAGAGCACUCAUCGCCGAAUUCAUCGCUACGCUUCUCUUCCUCUACAUCACCGUCUUGACUGUUAUCGGCUACAACAGCCAGACCAACACCACCCUCAACCCCGGCGCCGACCAGUGCGGCGGCGUCGGAAUAUUGGGUAUUGCCUGGGCAUUCGGUGGCAUGAUCUUUAUCCUCGUGUACUGCACCGCCGGAAUCUCUGGAGGUCACAUUAAUCCGGCAGUGACGUUCGGGUUGUUCUUGGCGAGGAAAGUGUCGUUGGUGAGAGCAGUAAUGUACAUGGUGGCUCAGUGUCUUGGAGCCAUUUGCGGCGUGGGUCUGGUCAAAGCCUUUCAAAGCUCCUACUACACACGUUACGGUGGUGGGGCCAACUCCUUAGCCAGUGGUUAUAGUGUCGGAGUCGGUGUCGGGGCAGAGAUCAUCGGUACGUUCGUCCUCGUGUACACUGUCUUCUCCGCCACGGACCCUAAGAGGAACGCGCGUGACUCUCACGUCCCCGUACUGGCUCCAUUGCCAAUAGGGUUUGCUGUGUUCAUGGUUCACUUGGCCACGAUCCCAAUCACUGGCACCGGCAUCAACCCUGCUAGGAGUCUUGGAGCUGCCGUCAUCUUCAACCAAGAGAAGCCUUGGGACGAUCAUUGGAUCUUCUGGGUCGGACCGUUCGCUGGUGCAGCCAUUGCGGCUUUCUACCAUCAGUUCGUGUUGAGGGCAGCUGCAGCUAAGGCUCUUGGUUCAUUCAGGAGCCAAUCUCAUGUCUGAUUUGAACAUAUAUAUAUAUAUGUGGUUGGGGCCAUCAUGGAAACAAGAAAGAUGAAGUAAUAAUAAAAUAGAAUGCCAGCUUCUUAGAUGAGAGUUUGUAUCAUUGUUGUUUGAAAGAAGAGGUUUGAGUGAGACUCCGUGUACCAAUUUGUAACAUACAAGCCUCUCUUACAUUUCAUGUUGUUGUGUUUUCAUCCUGUGUACUCCUAAUUCUAUCUCCUCUGCUUUUAAUUUAUAUAUGAUAUCUAUAUCCCAUUUUCUGAGAA